AUGGAAGAUAUCUUCAAAGUGAAGCAAGGAGAUACAGAAUUGCUCAGAAAAUUUGUAGAUAGAUUCCAGUGUGAAAGAAUGAUGCUACCAAGAGUACCUAAUAAUUGGGAAGCCAUGGCAUUUGCGAGUAAUCUAAAUGAAAAAAUUUCAGAAGCCACGGAGAGGCUCAAAGAAAGCUUACGAGAAUUCCCUACCACAACAUGGAAUGACGUAUAUAACAUGUAUAGUACCAAGCUGCGGAUUGAAGAAGACAUCGUUGCUCAGUCAAAGGUUGAUGAGAGAACAGGAUCGAGGUGGUUGGAAUCUGAAAAGAGGUCCGGUAAAAAUAGUUACGAGCCUUAUAUGGUACCCUCAGGGCGAGACGCACGUUCCAAGCUAGAAAAUGUACGAUCUGACCAUAGAUUGAGGAACAGAGAUUCAGGUUCAUCAUCAUCUAGGAUCAGAAAAGAUCGAGAUGUGCGUGAUGGGGAUACCAAUGCAAAUGCAAGGAUUGGAGACUAUUGUUUCAAUAUCAGUACUUCUGAGUUGGUAGCUGUUUUAAGGAGUAUAAGAGAUAAGGGAUACUUGACAGACCUGUUUAGCGAGAAAGGUAAACAGUCUUACAUGAAAAAUAGACAAGAACCUCCAAAACCUCCAUCUCCAAAGAGAACAGCGAACGUGAUAAGCAGGGGAGAAGAAGUCAACGGUGUAACAUACACAGCUGCGAAAAAGACGACGAAAUUCACAGUAACCCACGAAAAGCGAGUUCGACAAACCUUGGAAGAAGAUAGCAUAACAUUUGAUGAUGUAGAUGCUGAUGGUAGCUCCGUGAAUAUUAUCUUAUUGCGAGUGGUGAACGAAAUGCAAAUUGGCGACCAGAUGAUACCAAAAGCACAUUCCUUAUCUGGAUUCAAUAAUUCAACCGUUAUUACGAAGGGUGAGAUAAUGUUAACUACAUUCGCGGAAGGAGUCAUCAAAGAGACGAAAUUUCAAAUAAUAGACACAGACAUGGCCUAUAAUGUGAUUCUUGGGAGGCCAUGGAUUCAUGACAUGGAUGAUGUGCCGUCAACAUUACAUCAAUCACACAAGGAAAGCAUUGAUACAAAUGAGGAUUUCAUGGAAGACGUGCUAAAUCAAAUCUCAUCUGAAUAUGUAUCAAAGCAAACUGAUAUGGAUUCGAGACCGGAUGUAAUUCAAGAACCAGAGGAGAAUGAAAAUACCAAAACAACAAUUGAGGAGCUCGAAGCUGUCGUGCUAUUCGAACAAUGGCUAGAUCGAAAAGUUUAUAUUGGAGCAAAGCUGAGUCCAUGA